UGUCUCUUGCCGGAAGAGUAUGAUAGUGGUGCGCAAAUCAACCAAUCAACUUUUACUGUCACUACCCUGUUGUGUGGGAACUUGAAUCAGGAUGGAUGUCUUCUUAAUGAUACGGCGUAAGAAGACUACCAUCUUUAUAGAUGCAAAGGAGAGCACAACAGUGGGAGAACUAAAAAAAGUUGUAGAAGGAAUUCUUAAAACGCCACCAGAGGAUCAGAAAUUAUUUAAAGACGAUGAGCCUUUGGAUGACAAUAAGGCACUGGGAGACUGUGGGUUCACCAGUUCAACAGCCAGGGCGCAAGCUCCUGCCACGAUAGGGUUAGCAUUCAAAGAGGAAGACGGGGAUACGGUAGAGAUCACACCACUCUCAACACCGCCAGAACUUCCUGAUGUCAUGAAACCACAAGAACCAGCAGCAUCACACUCAGCAGAAUCGGCUGCUUCAUAAAGAGAACAAAUUUGGUGGACUAAUUUACGUUGCAAACAUUUGAUUCAGGCAUUACUGUGAAAACAACAACCGUUGGAAGUAGUUCGUCUUUAUUUUGGUGUGAUUUUCUAGAGCAUUGUGGACAAUAUAAUCUUGGACAAGAAACCUGGAAUAUAUAGUGGGAUUUUUGAAAGCAAGAUGAUAUUAUUUGUUAUGUUAAGCAAACUUAGACCAUCAGAAACAUGGGUUAUGAUUUUUUUUAAACUUAGACCUACAAAGUUCUUUAAUGAUAACCAAUAUUUAUUCUAAUAGUAGUUCUUAUACAUCAUUGUUCAUCUGCCCUUUGUUCAAAGUGUAAUAUGUGGAGUUAGCAUAGCUAGUAGUUCACAUUUUGCAAAAUUGAACAUAUUAAAGUGUUAAAAACAAACAUUACUAUUGUUGAAGAAAGAGGAAGUGCUGGGGGAAGCUCAUUUCCAAAUGGGACAUUUGACUCAACAAAAAAAAAUAAAUCCUGCAUGAUA